CCACAGAGGUUCCUACAUCCGCCGCUGCUACUGCAGCACCGCAGCCGACCGUGUUCAGCUUGUUGUUGUCGUCAUGUGAGCUGAAGUGUUGUCGGCUCCGUCUUGUGUCGUUGGUUUCUGCUCGUUCUGGACGACGGUGUCGGGUUCCCGCCUGGCUACGCAGCACUGUCAGGAGUCGCACGUGAAAAGUUUGUCGUUUCAUAAAAUGGGAGCACGGCAGCUGAAAAGAGACGUGGAGGCUCUUAUCGGCGACUACAUCGGACAGAAACUAAGAGAAAAUGCAUUUGAUCCAAAGGGGAAGGGGACGUCCACCGUGCUGGACGACCUGGCUCAUUAUGAUCUUGCGAUCAAUGUCGCUCUCUGGUGGUUGGACAAGGACGGAGGACGGGAUGUUCUGGACAGCAACAUCAUCGGAGCCACAAGCAGCUCGGGAGGAAGAGCCCGGUACCCGAACCGCCGCGAGCGGGAAGCCAUGAUCCUGUCGUCGUUCGCUGGGAUCAUCAUGAGCAGUCUGCCAGUGGACGACAUCCUGACUCUGUACAGGUGUAAACCAGCAGCUUCGUAUCCCAACCAGCGAUCCAAGAGCUCGAUCGUCUGUCCCUUCACUCUGUCCUACCACCCGUUUGCGAUGCUGGGCUCGUACAAGGCGGUGAACCACUCCCAGAAGCACAAUCAGAAGUUGGAGCGAUGGCUGUCAGAGAGGGCGAAGGUGAACGUCCCGCCUGGACGAGUCUCAGCUCAGUCUUCAUCCUCCUCCUCCUCCUCCUCGUCUCGCUCCUUCCUCAGCGCGACUGGCUCCAGCUCUCUCUGCAGGAUGAGUAGUAAGAUCACAUUUUACGAGGACAGGAACUUCCAGGGCCGCUCCUAUGAGUGCGACACCGACUGCCCCGACAUGCACCCCCACUUCAGCCGCUGCAACUCCAUCAAGGUGGAGAGCGGCUGCUGGGUCCUGUACGAGAAGCCCAACUACACCGGCUACCAGUACGUCCUGACCCGGGGGGAGUACCCGGACUACCAGCGCUGGAUGGGCUACAACGACACCAUCCGCUCCUGCCGCACCUUCUCUUAUACCAGCGAGGGCCCGUACCGCAUGCGCAUCUACGAGCGGCCCAACUUCCAGGGCCAGAUGAUGGAGUUCAGCGAGGACUGCGAGUCGGUGCAGGACCACUUCCGCAGUCGCGACAUCUACUCCUGCAACGUGAUGGACGGCUACUGGACCCUGUACGAGCACCCCAACUACCGCGGGCGCCAGUACUUCAUGAGGCCCGGCGAGUACCGCAAGUUCAGCGACUGGGGGGCCACGUGCGCCACCACCGGCUCCUUCCGCAGGAUCACUGAGUUCUAAUCUGAGGAAAAAAAUCUCACUUGGCUUUUUUUUUGUUUUGGAUUUUUUUUCAAUUCACAUUUCAGCUUCAUAAAAAAAACAAUGUUCCUCUUGUAAAAGUCAUCGAUCUGUGGAAACUGGUGAUGCUGGUGAGAUGAUGUGGAGUGGGAUGUUUCACUGUGCUGAAGAGAUUGAACCCGGCACAUCAAAUAUGACCUUGUUUUAAAUAACUCAAUAAAUUCAUCUAUUGUAAAACU